GAAGGGGGCGUGGCGCUGUUGCUGUGCUAUAGACACACAUUGAGGCGAAGAAGUUCAAACGAGCCGCAAGUAAGCCCUCCAUUCAUCUACUGCAAGGAUGAUGUCUCGAAGGCGUGUUGGAAUUGUGGGCUUUGGAAGCCUGGGCCAAAGCAUUUACAAUGCAAUUCAACAUGAGCCAUCUCUGGAGAUUGUUUUUGUGUGGAAUAGGGCUAAGGAAGUUCUUGCACCACUGGGUUCCUUGGCCCUUGAUGACCUGAAGGAUGUCAAGGAAAGGUCACCAGAUCUAAUUGUGGAGGUGGCUCAUCCCUCAAUCACUGUUCAAUAUGGGACGUUGUUCCUGUCCACGUGCGACUACAUGAUCGGCUCUCCCACGGCGUUGGCUGACCACCACCUGGAGAGCUGCCUGCUGGAUGUGGCGCUGACCUCCAACCACACCAUCUACAUCCCCUCUGGUGCCUUCUGGGGCGGCGAGGAUAUCAAGAAGAUGGCUGACCUCGGGAUUCUGCAGGGUCUGCGCGUGACCAUGCGGAAGCAUCCGGCCGCCUUCCGACUGUCUGGCCGGCUGGCCGAGCUGGCGGCCACGGCCACCGAGUCGGCUGUCACCCUGUACGAGGGCCCCGUGCGCGAGCUGUGCCCGCAGGCGCCGCACAACGUCAACACCAUGGCGGCGGCGGCGCUGGCGGCGCACAACCUCGGCUUCGACGGCGUCAUCGGCCGGCUGAUCGCCGACCCCAGCCUGCCAGACCGACACCUGGUGGAGACGGAGGUGACCGGUCCCGGCGAGCCCGGCGCCCAGUUCACCGUCCACACGGUGCGCACCAACCCGGCCCAGGUGGGCGCAGUCACCGGCAGCGCCACGUUCGCCGCCUUCCACGCCAGCGUGCGCCGCGCGCACGACCGCGGCCCUGGCCUGCACCUCUGCUGAGCGCACGACGGACGGCGAGACGACGCAGCGCCCACCGAGGCCCGGCCGCCAGCCGCUGGCGGCGCCGCGGAGGCGUGUACUGAGUGGUGCCUAUUAACCUCUGAGACAUGGAUGCUUAUUAACCCACAGCGCUCAGCCAGACAGUCGGUGGGCGAUGGUGAUUUUUUAGCGGGUUUUCUUUUGCGAGCUGUGACCCCCUCUCACGGUUUUUGGCGUCCAACACAUGUGAAUACUCAUAGUACAUUGAAGUACAAUUGGCGCAGUGGUCAAGU